GUGAUUCGACGCGACUUGGAGUACGCGCCUCGACGGCGAGACGAAGCGGGCGCCGCGCGAAUUCGAACGCGCGUACGCGCGUCGAGCCGUCGUCGUACGCCACGCGAUCUCGGAGCGUGCUCGGUUCGUGCGUGAGCUCUUCCGAAGUCUUUCGAAGAAUUUUAUUUUUUGAAGCAAUCGCAACGCACGAUCGAGUUUACGCGCGAGUAAGCUAUCUCGCGUGUCUCGCGGCGCGAGUGAGAGGUUUCUACUUGCCAAUUGAAAGCCAAUAGAGAAUUGUGUCUGCGAGUGUUUAUAGUGGACGGCAAUGAUUUUAAACGAUCACCAGAUAUUUGUGAGUGUCUGGACGGAACGCGCCAUUUCCGACAAAUGUUAAUCAUUUUAGUGAAUAUUUGCCAGAAUUUUAUAGGAUAUAUCUGGUGGUGCUAAGUGUAUCUUUAGUGCAUAAACAACAAAUCACACGUUUAAGAAAUAAAAAAGUAUAUUUUCAUAAUGCAAAAACGCAGAUUUAAUUCAUCUGUUAGAUAACAAAGCUUUGAUUUUAAUAUAUUUUUAUAUAUUCCUUUUUCUUUGACUUUAAGUGGAAAGUAAAAUCAAAUUUAAUGAAAACUUUCCUACACGAAACAAAUUCCACGUAGAAAAUUACGCUUGGAUCAUCGAGAGAGCGUGUGGAGAACGACUGAGGAGGAGAGGAAAGGGGUGUGGGACAAACGCCGUAAUCGUCCGAGGGCGGAGAAAGUAUCUGACGAAGUUUCAAGGUAUUUUCGUGGCAGUUAAGCCGUUGAGCGAGAUAUUCAAAGGAAAUUGCAAUUGAUCAGAUAAGAAUCGAUAAACGACAAAAUAUAAAUAGCAUGGUUUAAGAAGAAAACAUUUGAGCUGUUUACUGAUAAAUGAUUAAGUGAUACAUCGAUAUUAAAUAGAGAAACACAGAUAUAAAUGGAUAUAUCAAUUACGAAAGAAAAUUUAUAUCGAAUAUUGUCUUAACAAUAGUAAUAAUAAUAAGUAAAUAGUGAUCGUCAAACUUUGUCGUGCAUGAGAAGAAAUCACUUUCUCGAGACCGAGUGCAUUGACUUCAAAGACGCUCGUGCAAUUCGCGUUGAAUCUUUUCGUAUAGAAUGAUCAUUCCGGUCGAACCCAGGGCACGGAAGAAAAGGGAGGAGGAGGGCAAUGAGGAAGAUGGAGGAGGAGCGGUGGUGGUGGCGGCGCAGCAGCACGGCGUCGAAAAAGGAAAGCCACGCUGAUCAUCCACGACUGGAAGACCUCGGCGUUGCACCUUAGCGGGCCUUAGUGCAACGGAGAAGAGGAACGAAAGAGAGAAAGGGAUAGGAAGGACGAGGAGGAGGAUACGGAUAGCGAAAGGGCAAGGAGGGCAAGAAGAAAAAAGAAACAAAGAGUAAAGGGAUUGAGAAGGAGAAACAGAGAGAGAGAGAAAGCAACGAAGGAGGAGAAAGGAAUCCAUAAAUUCACUUUUGUUUCCACAAAUAUUGCCUUUCGUAAAUCCAGAAUUACCAAGAAUCUUAUUAACUUUGCAAACUCCUCCGUAAAUUCUCGAUUGUGCAAGAUACUUUUGCAUUUAUAGCUUUCUUAUAUCACUCUUAUGUAGAUCUUUGUGAUCCGCGAAUGCAUCCAUUAAUCUUUGCCACAUAAAUGUAUCUGAUAUCACUUAGAGAUAGUAUAAAUCUGUAGCGAUUCUACUUCCGUGAAUUGAGGUUGGUCGCGUUGCCUCAUGAGGCCCCUAACCUUCGAGAACCUGAGAAGGCUCGUGAGCCGCAAGAAGGAUCGCAAUGAGCCCUCCUUCAAGCGCAGCGAGUCCUUCAAGAGAAUUUCUAUUAGGAAGAGUUAUUUGGAUCGGGGUAAACGACGAAACCGCCUCCAGAAAAAUUUAGAGCCUGUUAAUUCUACUCCGCAACCAGCAGCAAACGAUAAAAUUGUUUCUCAACAAAUUAAGGAGCAAGAAUGCAAGGAUCAAGAGUGUUCCCUCAGUCGCGACUCCAUCACUUAUGACGAGUGGCUUCAAGGAGUCAGUUCUUCUUCCCGCGAGAAACUUCACGAGGAUCAUCUCGAAUCUCUUCAGCAUUCUAAAACUAAGGCUACAAAAUUUGCCACACAUACUGACACGGAUUCGAUUGUCGAGGAUCUGAAAAUUCUUGAGCUCGAUGCUUCGCCUAUUUUAACACCUAAAUCUAAAUCCUUUGGGAUUGUUACGGAGUUAGAUCGGGACGAGACGACCAAUGGGCACGACAACCUUUGGACUCAAGAGUCCUCUAUAGAAGGAUCGCUCAGUGUCAGCAUCAGUCUCGGCAGGAUAUGGAGGGAUGCGGUACCAGUUCCGGUCUCAGUUCCGGUAUCGGUUCCUUCGUAUUCCUCUGUCUCGAAUUCUUCAGUUCAUCAUUCUCUGGACAGCGCUCUAAAGGAGAAGAAACCGCAGCCAACUGUUGCAAGAACAGUUUCGGCACCAGAGAAGCCUGUCAGCAAGGAGACUUCGUCAUCCUUUGGUUUCUCUCUUAGGAUUGCCAGAUUCGCUGAUUUUAGGCCAGGGGUGACGCGAAAUGGUCUCUUUCGUCGGAAGACACCUAAGCCAUCACCAAGUGUGAGCACGGAGGGCUAUUUCAAACGAACGAGCGCAUCUAGACAUUCUAGUUCUCGCCGUCGAAGUGGUAAAAGAACUUCUCAACGGGCUAGCAAGAAGAGUCAGCAACCUGCGAUUCGCACCAGUAGUCCGGUAUGGUUUGUCCCGCCCGAGAGACGUCGCUCGACACGUCAACGACGAGUUUGGCGGGAGAUCAGAUACUUUCCCGAUGAUGAGUGUCCGAUCCUGGAAAGGAUUAACGACUGGUCGUCAAACGUGUCAGAUGACCAAUUCGACGACCAAAAGCUGCUGUUGUCAGGUGAUUUCAAUGAGCGUCGGGAAGAUGACGCCUUCAACUCGAUAGUUUCAUCGUCCUUGGGUUCUUUCUCGGCGACAUCGUCCUCAUCAUCGGCUUGUCCAGUUCCAAAAAUUAGUGACUUUAAUGAGGACAAGCUGUUUUCCGAGGAGCUAAGGACUAAUGGUCUUCUGAUGCAUGGAUCUACUUGGAAGCUUUCGACGACAACGACAACAACGGCGACAACGGCAACAACAAUGAUGUCAAUAGCAACGCCGGCGAGAACGAUCAUUUCUGGGAAUUAUUUUGCCAGCAGUCAGUUUGUUACCUUUUUAGCCAAGGACGUUGUCAAGGAAAGGUCGAAAAACGAAAGCUCCAAUACGGGUUACAGAUGUCUCUCGUCGACUGACAGCGAGGACGAUGAUGUUGAUCGUUUCAAUGAUCGCAGAAAAAACUUUCCACAACAGCGGCAGCAGUAUUUAAAGAGACAAAAAUCAGGACUUAGAAGGAGACCCUUACGCCGGAAAUCGCAAUUGAGAAGAGCGUCUGGUCAGCCGGUAUUCCUCGUGCGCAAGUGCUCAUCCUUGAGAAAACGUCCUAGAGAUAUUACGCAGAAGGGUUAUGAAAAGAAACGGACGCGUCUACUUCAGCAAUACGCCUCGAAGCAGAUAGGCGGUCGACUAGCACCUGGAGGAAUCGCCAGUCCCCCGGGUUCUGGCGGCUCCACAGGGAACACUGGGAACUCGAACUCGGCUGCUGCGGCGGCGGCAGCAGCGGCAGCAGCUAGACGCGGUAAUCGCAGACUCACACGCAAUGAGAGCCGUUACCAUUCCGAGGUGCGCCAGGAGGCGGUGCAGCAGGCCUUGGCAGCGAUGCAGGGACGACCAAAGCCAUCCUUGCCAAUGCCAUCUAAGAGAACCUCCGUGAUGGCCAGAAGCCCCGAUCGGGAGAGACGCGAUAGCGGCGAGUCCAGUAGCGAUGAGGAUAGCGUCGUCACUGAGGAGAGUCCGGGCGCGGGUGGUCCAACCGGCACCGGUCUUUCGGAUACCAGCAGUACUGGUUCCGCUCGCGACACUCCACCGCCACCCAGACCGCCGGCUAGGAGGCCACCAGGCGCCGACAUUACCGACAUCGCCGAAUACACGCCGCACGCCUAUUGUAAUAUUCAACCACCGGAUGUUACUCACGUGACGAGUAGCACCCCGGUCGGGCAGCAGCAAUCGGCAACGCGGCGGCCUGGCGCCGACCGGGUGAACCGUUAUGCGCACGUAGUUGAGGAUCAGAAUAGUACCGGCACCACCGGCCGCUGGAAGGUCUCCGCAAAGAUCCAGCAAUUAUUAAACACACUGAAACGGCCGAAGCGUCGGCCGCUACCAGAAUUCUACGAGGACGACGAUAUUGAACUGGAAAUCGCGGCAAAUCCGAAGGAUCCAAAUGCUCCCAAACCCGAAGGUGGUUCCAUGACAUCGGCAGUAGGUGAGGCGCUCUCAGUGCCAUCGGGCUUGCCACGAUCUCUCGAAGCCGCCAUUCAGAGGUACGGCUCGGCGACAUACAAAGCGCCUGUGGCCACCGUCCUAGAUCCUAACGGCAAACUUUGCGUAACGCUCACAUACGGUAAACUGCUCAGUCGCUCUCACAAGAUUGCCUAUACCCUUCUAAAUAAGGCUCUAAGUCGCGGCGGGGAUUGCUGCCUGAAACCUGGCGACAGGAUCGCCCUGGUUUAUCCGAACAACGAUCCGAUCAGCUUUAUGUGCGCCUUUUAUGGCUGUCUUCAGGCCGGUAUCGUGCCAGUACCCAUCGAAGUACCUCUGACCCGUCGUGAUGCGGGUUCUCAACAAAUCGGGUUUCUCUUAGGGAGUUGUGGAAUUCAGGUGGCGCUGACUAGUGAAGCGUGUCUGAAGGGUCUGCCGAAGACGGCAGCUGGCGAAGUGGUAGCCUUUAAGGGCUGGCCAAAACUGCAUUGGUUCGUUACCGAGCAUCUAGGCAAGACGCCUAAGGAUUGGCUGCCGCCACCACGGCUCACCGAUGACACGCCUGCAUAUAUUGAAUAUACCACCGACAAGGAUGGCUCCGUGAUGGGCGUGACCAUUACCAGGGCAGCAAUGAUGGCCCACUGUCGCGCACUCACGCAAGCCUGUGGCUACACCGAAGGCGAGAAUGCUGUCUGCGUGUUAGACUUUAAGCGGGAAGUGGGCCUCUGGCACAGCACUUUGACUAGCGUGCUAAAUGGCAUGCAUGUCAUUUUUAUCCCUUAUGCACUGAUGAAAGUUAAUCCCGCUAGCUGGAUGCAGAUGAUCACAAAGCAUCGUGCUAGUGUCGCGGUCGUAAAAUCGCGAGAUCUUCACUGGGGUCUGUUAGCAACUAAGGAUCAUAAAGACAUCUCUCUGGCAUCGUUGAGGCUGCUACUCGUUGCAGAUGGUGCAAAUCCCUGGUCUCUUUCGUCCUGCGAUCAGUUUCUCUCAGUGUUUCAAUCCAAAGGACUCAGGCCGGAUGCUGUCUGUCCUUGCGCUUCCUCGAGCGAGGCCCUUACAGUUUCCGUGAGAAGGCCAGGACGCGCAGGAGUAAAUGCGACUGGCCGUGGAGUUCUCUCCAUGUCCGGUCUGAGUUACGGAGUUGUCAGAGUAGAUCAGGAGAAUUCUCUUACGUCGUUGACACUGCAGGAUUGCGGACAAGUCAUGCCUGGAAGUAUAGUAGUUGUCAUUAAGAUGGAAGGACAGCCAUUUAUUUGUAAGACGGACGAAGUGGGUGAAAUUUGCGUGCACAGUGCUGCGACGGGUAGCCAAUAUUGGGGCUUACAAGGGCUUACCAACAAUACUUUCAAAGUAUCGCCCUUACAAGUCGACAGUACUGUUUUGGGUGAUGUAGAAUAUACGCGUUCUGGUUUGCUGGGUUUCCUUGGUCCUGGAGGACUCGUGUUUGUCUGCGGAUCGCGGGACGGUCUCAUGACAGUGACUGGCAGGAAACACAAUGCCGACGACAUUAUCGCCACUGUUUUGGCGGUUGAACCAAUGAAAUUCAUCUAUCGCGGUAGAAUCGCCGUUUUUAGCGUGAGAGUUCUUAGGGACGAAAGGAUAUGCGUCGUUGCCGAACAACGACCUGAUUGUAGUGAGGAAGAAAGUUUCCAAUGGAUGUCUCGAGUGUUGCAAGCGGUCGAUUCAAUUCACGCAGUAGGAAUAUAUUGUCUUGCCUUGGUACCACCCAACUAUUUGCCCAAAACGCCGCUGGGCGGCAUUCACCUGUCGGAAACGAAACGCCGCUUCCUCGAGGGUGCUCUCCAUCCGGCUAAUGUGCUCCUCUGUCCUCACACAUGCGUCACCAAUUUGCCAAAACCGCGCGAAAUCCAUUCAGCGGGGGAUUCUGUUGCAGAUGUCGGUCCAGCCAGUGUUAUGGUAGGGAAUAUUGUCCAAGGCAACCGAUUAGCCUCUGCACAGGGACGAGAUAUGGGUGUCCUAGACGAGGACAGUGAUAAUGCCAAAAAGUACCAAUUUAUCUCCGAAAUUCUACGGUGGCGCGCUGUCAGUACUUCGGAUCAUGUGAUAUUUACGUCGUUAAACGCAAAGGGCACCGUGGCUACCUCAUUGUCCUGCUCGCAGUUGCAUAAGAAGGCCGAGAGGAUCGGGAAUCUACUCUUAGAUCGAGGAAGGGUCAACACUGGGGACCAUGUAGCGCUCAUCUUCCCACCCGGUACCGAUCUGAUAUGCGCGUUUUACGGUUGUUUGUACGUUGGCGCUGUACCGGUAACCAUCAGGCCACCUCAUCCGCAAAAUCUCCAAACGACCUUGCCGACCGUUCGCAUGAUUGUGGACGUCAGCAAAUCCGUCCUCGUAUUGACUAACCAAACUCUUCUCAAGUUGUUGAAGACAAAGGAAGCGAACAACGUGGUCGACGUGAAGAGUUGGCCGAUGAUUCUAGAUAUGGACGACAUGCCAAAGAAGAAACUACCGGUGAUGUAUCGGGCACCCACCGCGGAAAUGCUAGCCUAUCUGGACUUCAGUGUUUCGACAACGGGCAUGCUCGCCGGCAUCAAGAUGUCUCACGCGGCGGUCACUUCGUUGUGCCGUGCCAUGAAGUUAGCGUGCGAGCUCUAUCCCUCCAGACAUAUCGCUCUCUGCCUGGAUCCAUACUCGGGCCUCGGUUUUGCCUUAUGGUGUCUCAGCAGUAUAUACAGUGGACAUCAUUCUAUACUGAUACCACCAUCCGAGGUGGAAGCCAAUCCUGCACUCUGGUUAUCGGCGGUUAGCCAGUCCAGAGUAAGAGACACAUUCUGUUCAUACGGCGUUAUGGAGCUAUGUACUAAGGGACUCGGCUCCUCGGUUCACGCACUUAAGGCGCGAGGCGUCAGUCUGGCAUGCGUGAGAACAUGCGUUGUCGUCGCCGAGGAAAGGCCACGGAUAGCGUUAACGACAAGUUUUAGUAAGCUGUUCUCCGCACUCGGUCUGAGUCCGCGCGCGGUCUCCACCUCAUUUGGCUGCAGAGUGAACACUGCCAUUUGUUUACAGGGAGCAUCCAGUCCGGAACCCUCGACAGUUUAUGUGGACCUUCGUGCAUUACGUAACGACCGAGUAUCUCUGGUGGAACGAGGCAGUCCGCAUUCUCUGUGUUUGAUGGAAUCGGGCAAAUUAUUGCCCGGCGUAAAAGUAAUUAUCGCAAAUCCCGAAACCAAGGGUCAAUGCGGUGACUCGCAUCUAGGCGAGAUCUGGGUACAGUCGUCGCACAAUGCGAGUGGUUACUUCACAAUCUAUGGCGAUGAGAGCGAUUAUGCUGAUCACUUCAACGCGCGACUGGUUACUGGUAAUACGAGCGAGGUCUAUGCGCGGACCGGCUACCUUGGCUUCCUGAGAAGGACCGAGAGCGUUCAGCAGUCGGUGAUUAGCGACGUACCUGGUGAUACUAACAAUGUGCCCGAGGCUGAUCUCGUGCCAAGCGACCCGGAACUUCAUGACGCCGUAUUCGUUGUCGGCGCUCUUGAUGAGGCCAUCCUACUACGAGGUAUGCGCUACCAUCCGAUAGACAUCGAGAACAGUGUCAUGCGGUGCCACAAGAAAAUCGCAGAAUGCGCUGUGUUCACAUGGACCAAUCUUCUAGUGGUAGUGGUAGAAUUGGACGGUAGCGAAAGUGAGGCCCUCGAUCUCGUAGCUCUGGUGACGAGCGCUGUGCUCGAGGAACAUCAUUUGGUGGUCGGCGUAGUUGUCGUAGUGGAUCCUGGUGUGGUACCCAUUAAUUCACGUGGUGAAAAGCAACGGAUGCACCUGCGCGACGGCUUUCUCGCGGACCAGCUCGAUCCUAUCUACGUGGCGUACAAUAUGUGAAUGAGUGUGCGAAAAAAAAGUUCUUACUCUCUCUGUAUUCCGCCCUCCUUCUCGCCGAUAGUUCUUAUCCGAUAUAUUGAGGCUGCAGUGGAACUUCAUUCGCGAGGACGAUUAGCUCCAAAUAAUUAUGGAACAAGCGGCAAGAAUUCUAAUUUGUUUUAUUUAACUAUUUAUGAAAGUUUUAUUGGGCUAUGAAUAUACUUUAAAGUUUCAAAUUUGGAAUCUGUGGAUUUGAUUAUCAGAUUUAUAAGAUCAGGUUCCGCGAGCUUUAACCUCUAGAGAACGGGAAGCCGAUUUAUCGGCUUUUAUUGAUUUAAAUGAAUUUAACGUGAUUUCUGAAUUUUAUAGUAAAAUAUAUCAUUUUUUGUUCUAAUAAUUUUAUUUUUUUGUAUUAUAUUGAUAUUUUAUUGUUUAUACAUGUACUGAUAUAGUAGAUUGAUAUAAUCUGUAUUUCUUAUCUCUCGAUCUUGAAAAUUUUCAUAUAUUUCUAUAUCAUAGAUUCCAUUAUAAAAGGUAUGAAAAUUAUUCUAAUAAAAUAUUUUAACAACAAAAAUUGUUUUUUUUGAAAAAAACAACAAUUUGUUUAUCAUUCCAAACGAGAAGUCGAGCUCUAGAGCGAUCUCAUCUUUUUUAUAGAUCAUUACUAUGGCUUAUAUCUUCAAGUUUUAAAUUGAAAGUUAUAAAAGUCUAGAAAACUGCAAAUCACCCCCGUUCUUUAAAGGUUAAUCAGUUAAUCAGCGCACAAGAUUCGUUAUUAGCACAAAUGAGCAAAAGAUUGAAGUAAAAAGUAAAUGAACAAAAAUAUCACGAUAAAUGGAGUUCUACUGCAUGUAUUAAGGAAUGUUAAUGCAUUCCAAGCAAGUAUUACUGGCAAAAGGUAUGUAUGUACAAAACAGUUUAAAAAUUCGACUGCCACAAAUUCUUGAAACUGAUUAAAUCGAGAAAUCAGUAUUACAUUACGUAUAUUAUAUAUAAUAAAAAUGAUCGAUGACAAAUCAUACAAUCGAUGGUGAACAGUAUCAGUAAAUAUAAAACUCGCAGUUUGCCAGCAUGUUCCGAUGUCCAACAAAAUUUUGUCGCCAAUGAAUAUUGCAUCUUUCAACUGUCGAUAACGAUCAAUUUCUACAAUGUUGAAAUUGCACAAACCGAUCGUAUUUUUUAUUUCGAUUCUUAUACUUGCAAAAUGAAGGAUGCACGAAAAUAAAGCGACACGCACAAAAUCGCAGUUUUGUACAUUUCAAGCCAAAGUCCUUGUGUCGUAAAAUGCGCGAACAUACUGAUGUACAUUAGUUUACAAUUUCACUGCGAAAAACAGCCCCUCUCGUUGACGGGAGCAAUGAAAGAUUUUGUCGCAAAGGCGAUUCGACAAUAUUCGUUUACAAUCAUUUUUUAUGAUUGUUAGUCAUACAUGUUUUUACUAUUGAGUAGCAGUCGAAUUCGAUAAUUAUUUAGAAUCGAUCAGAUAUUUUAUUCUCCCAAUUUUGUCCGCACAAAUGAGUAUAAGUAUGGAACUAGCUCAAACUCGCGUUUUAAGGAUGUAGGUAACUUUGUGUAAUAUCGACUUUAGGGCUUUCAUUUGUUUUAUUUUAUUUUAAUCAUUUACACUCGUAUCGCAAAAUCGGAAAUGUCAAACGGACAGCACGGCCUAUAUUUAUUAAAUAUAAAGAUAAGAUUAGAGACAGUUUUAGUAAAAAGAAAUCUUAAAGUCCAAUAGAAAAUUUAACACAAGGGAAACUUUUUAUAUUAACAUUUUAUACAAAAUGUAUUUGAAUAAUUUUAUAUACAGACUGAUUGAACUCUAAAACAAGACUAGCAUACAGGAAGAGAUUUCUUUUUCUUUUUUUUAAUUAACUUUUUUAUUUGAACUUUGUCUAUAAAAGUGAAACGCGUCAAGCCCGGAAGUCGAUCGCGAUUUAUAUCUCUUAUGACUUUCUUCAUUCACAAGAAUUCUUUUUUUACAAAUAUGUACAGUUGUUGAUAGCUCUUUAAUUUAAUAUCUUUUUAAACAUAUGACGACAUAUACGAUAUACACAGCAUAUAACGCGUAUCGUUGUGAGUAUUAUGAGACAUUGCGAUUAUAAUAAUCGCAUGUUAUAGUACUCACGUGUAUUUGUUGCGCGUCGAAGACUGGCAUUAAUUGUGAAUAUUACCUUAUUGGCGAAACAUUAUUUUUUUAUUACCGUUAUCGAUUCUUUAUAAACUGUUUCUGUUUUUCCAUUGAUAAUUGUGUUAUCUAAUUGUGUUGUCUUAUUUUCAAUCCUUAACGGAAUUUAAUUCGGGAGGAAAUAAGAUUUGAAAAGAAAAGCUUAAUUUUUUGCAGCGUACAUUUAUAUUUAAGGUAAUUUGACGACCUCAUCUAUGAGCUAUUUAUGACAUUUGCGCGAAUGAGCGUCCACGAACAAUCGCAAGUAUUUAUCGGCGACAAUUUCGUCAGUGCAAUACACACACAUGGCAUAGUGAUUUAUUAAGCGCUUGCAGAUAAUGAUUGAUCGUACCGGACUCUCGAUGUACACAGGCGGCUUUUGUAAAUACGUAACAUGAGGAAGAGAUUUCUCUCUCUCUCUCUCUCUCUCUUUCUCUCCUCCCUUCCUCCCUCUCUCGUCCCACGCAUGCUUCCCUAUUUUGCGAGCUGUUCAUUCACUAUCCUUUCUCUUGUUUACUUUUAUCUAUUUCCCCAUCUUUUCGUUGAUAAGCUAUCGUGCCAUGUUACUUGCCUUGUGUUACUUCCGCACUUUUACGCACGGAAAAAAAUGCAUGCCCGUAAAUAGCCACAUUUGCACAGGCUUGAUUGCGCUGAUAGCCGCAGUUAAUUGACUAUUAUUCGAGUUUUGUAUCAUUUCCUUCUUCCUUUUAAGUCCUAAUUUAUUAUAACUACAUGUUAUCGCUAUAAUCAUAAUGUAAACAAAGAAAAAAUACAACUUAAUAGCACAGGUA